AUGGUCUCUUCUGUGGCUGUUUUUCCCAGCAUUCACUUCAGGAAGCUCAUUCCCUGGUUGCUAAGGCAACCGAGGGGGAUGGCCCCCAGCAGGAGCCGGGGAAGCCUUGGGCUGCAUUUCAGCUCGUCUCUGUGCCGCAUGCCUGCUGACCUGCUGCUGGCAAGGAGGAGGAGCCAGCUCUGCAGAGGAGCUACUCCCAGCCCAGUGUGGGUCCUGCCUCCCCCAUGCCCUGCCAUGAGACCCAGCGUUAGAGCUGCUACUCCUCUCUCCCUCUGCUGGCCACUGCACAGCUCUGACUCACUGUGCUUCAGUAGUAACAUGAGCACAGGCGGCAAGAUGUCAUCCUCCUCCUCCUCCAACAACGAUGGACAAGGGAAGCCUAAACCUAAAUCCCCGUUUCGCAAAAGGGGGAGUCUGCAGAGCACCACCAGCCCUGACCUGAGUGGUGCAUCUGGAGCGAAGCCCCUGAAGCCACAGAGAUCCACUUCUCUCACACACUAUCCAAUCGACCUGCGAACAUCCAUGGAAGAAAAGUACAAAGAGAUUGCCGAGCUGUUCACACGGAGCAUGGCAGAUAGCGAGAUGCGGAGCGCUCCUUAUGAGUUUCCGGAGGACAGCCCUAUCGAACAGCUGGAAGAACGACGACAUCGACUAGAGAGGCAAAUCAGCCAGGACAUUAAGCUUGAACCCGAGAUCUUGCUCCGCGCCAAACAGGACUUCAUGAAAAUCGACAGUGAUGCAGACCUAGAGUUGUUGCAGGAGAAGAGUUUGGACACUGUUGAUAACUGCUUCAAGAAGAGGGAGCUGCCACUGGAAAGAGAGUACCAGCGGGUUUCCAUAUCUGGAGAGGAAAAGUGUGGGGUUCCCUUCACUGACCUGGUAGAUGCUGCAAAGUGUGUGGUGAAGGCGCUGUUCAUCCGGGAGAAGUACAUAAAGCGGUCCAUGCAGAACUUCUGUAAGACCACAGCUCACGCCCUACAGGAGCUGGGGAUGAAGCCCCUGGAUCUGGCCGACUACGACGAUAUAGCAGAGACUCCUGUAGAUGCCGAUGCCCCUGUGCACCCACCUGUCUCAAAGAAUCACCCCUAUGACCAAGACCCCAAGAAUUUGCCGACAGACACGGGCUAUGGUUGCAAGAUGGUGGGGGGAGUAGUCCAUGUCUACACCAAGAAAACAAACAUGGACAAAAGUACAGAACUGGACCUGACCUAUCCGGACCUGACUGAGUACAUUGGAGACAUGAACGUUAUGAUGUCCCUCAUCAUCAAUGGUCCAGUGAAGUCUUUCUGUUACCGCCGCCUGCAGUACCUGAGCUCUAAAUUCCAGAUGCACAUCCUCCUGAAUGAGAUGAAGGAGCUGGCGGCUCAGAAGAAAGUUCCCCACAGAGACUUCUACAACAUACGAAAGGUGGACACGCACAUACAUGCAUCGUCCUGCAUGAACCAGAAGCACCUGCUGCGAUUCAUCAAGAGAGCCAUGAAGAAAUAUCCAGAGGAGAUCGUUCACGUUAACCGCGGCCGUGGUCAGACCCUGAAGGAGGUGUUUGAGAGCAUGAACCUGACGGCGUUCGACCUGAGCGUAGACACUCUCGACAUGCAUGCGGACCGUAACACAUUCCAUCGGUUUGACAAGUUCAACGCCAAAUACAACCCCAUCGGAGAAUCCAUCCUCAGAGAGAUCUUCAUCAAGACUGACAACCACAUUGAAGGGAAAUACUUUGCACACAUAGUCAAGGAGGUGAUGUACGACUUGGAGGAGAGUAAGUACCAGAACUCCGAGCUGCGCCUGUCCAUCUACGGGCGCUGCCGGGACGAAUGGGAUAAGCUGGCUCAGUGGGCCCUCAAACAUCGAGUGUACUCUGAUAAUGUGCGCUGGCUCGUCCAGGUGCCCCGUCUUUUUGAUGUGUACCACACAAAGAAGCAGCUGGCUAACUUUGAGGAGAUGUUGGAGAAUAUCUUCAUGCCUUUGUUUGAAGUCUCCAUCAACCCGCGCAGUCAUCCAGAGCUGCAUCUCUUUCUGGAGCAUGUGGUGGGCUUCGACAGUGUGGAUGAUGAGUCUAAGCCGGAACACCACAUCUUCAAUCUGGACAGUCCGCUGCCAGCUGACUGGACAGAAGAAGACAACCCGCCCUACUCCUACUACCUCUACUACACCUAUGCUAACAUGGCUGUGCUAAACCACCUGCGAAGGCGCAGAGGCUUCCACACGUUUGUCCUGCGACCUCACUGUGGGGAGGCGGGGCCGGUCCACCACCUGGUGUCAGGUUUCAUGUUAUCAGAGAACAUCUCCCACGGACUGCUGCUCAGGAAGGCUCCGGUGCUGCAGUAUCUUUACUACCUGGCUCAGAUUGGCAUCGCAAUGUCACCACUGAGUAACAACAGCCUGUUCCUCAGUUACCAUCGCAACCCGCUGCUAGAGUAUCUGUCCAGAGGCCUUGUGGUCUCUCUGUCCACUGAUGAUCCUCUUCAGUUUCACUUUACCAAGGAGCCUCUGAUGGAGGAGUACAGCAUCGCUGCUCAGGUGUGGAAACUAAGCUCCUGUGACAUGUGUGAGCUGGCGAGAAACAGCGUCCUCAUGAGCGGGUUUUCACACAAGGCAAAAAGCUACUGGUUGGGCCCCACUUACUCCGACGAGGGUCCUGCCAGCAAUGACAUCCGUCGUACUAACGUCCCUGAUAUCCGCGUGGCGUACCGCAGCGAGACACUUUCUGAGGAGCUUCAGCUCAUCACUCAGGCUGUCGGCACCGAGGAGCUGGACACUAUCAGCGAGGAGGACGCUCUGUCCAUGGGCCCUAUCCCGGAACAACACUAAAGCCACAAUAACCGCGACUUGUCCUGUGAAUCCCCAGCCCUGUGGUCCACCCAGCAUGACACGGAAGAGACGUGGUGGGAGGGUAAUUCCGUUGCAUCCCACAUACAGUAUAAACACCGCAAACCAUCACUCUUGAAGUAUGCCGCACACACAGAUACCAAAAAGCCAAGGACGCAGUGCUGCUAGAGCCAUACAGGUUCUUCGUUCUUCAGUUUUUUUUGUUUGAGUCAUUAUCUGGUUUAAGUUCCAAGUUCCUAGCUCAGUCAUAAUAAAGGUUGACCAACACAUAUGUUUCUUGUGAAUUCAAAACCGAAAAACACAGGACGAUGUUGUCUUUACAUCUCAGUCCAAGAGUGUGACAUACUGUGAGUCAGCAGGUUGUAUGAAUACACCAGACACAUUACUCAGCGUGUAGUAUCUGCGUUCUACAGAAAUACUGACAUUGGAACUUUCUCCACAUAAACCCACUCUGAACACGGCUUACAACCUGGUGCAUCUACUAUCUUCAUUAUACAAACUUAUCAAAUGAUUACAGGUUCAGUUUUUAUGGAAACAUUACAGCUGUAGGUUGGAUUUACCCAGAAGACUCGUUUCAUGUUUUAAGCUUUUUCAGGUUUGGAGAUGUACAGUAACUGAAUGAGAGAAAGGAUGGCACAGCUUCUGGUGCUUCUUGUUGUGGUUUCAGAUCAUGUAUUCGUCACAUUGCACACAAGGAAUUGUUCUUCCAAGAUUUAUUGAGCUCAGAAAAUGACUUCCUGGUCGUCCACUGCACACACUCCAGGAGGCUCAAACUUGUCUAUUGCUGCAAAUGUAAUCCAGUAAAUGUUCACAAUCCUCCCAUUUUGAUGGUGUAGACGAGGGAUUUGAAUCAUAGCACAAAUGAUCAUGGCUGGAUUUAGCAUCGUAUGAGGAGAAAGCUCUUAGUGACCUCACUGUGGUCAUGAAGAGAGGGACCCUCUGUUUAUAACUCAUUCCUUCCCUUAUAGAGAAAUCACAAAGUUUAGUUUUAUUUCUCCGUCGCAUGCAGUGCACUGUACAUAUGCAACAGGACAAGGUUUCGCAGUGCCUUUUCUUUUUGAGCUUUAUCCUGAAAACCCCAUUUCUUUUGCAGUCUUCUACACUAGGCCUCCAAGCUGUUGUAAUAUCCCCACCGAUGGAACUGAAACCACCAAGCUGCAUGCUCGGUGUAACGAAGCUUGGCCUUUGUUUGACAAGGACAUUCAGUUUCUAUUUCUCUGCUUAUAGGUGCUUUAUUUGCAUGCCUGCAUGAGUAAUGGAUGGCAGGCGAGAAUGAGUGAUAGACAGCCAGCUGUAAUCUGAAGUUUGAAUUACUUCAGGGCUACACCAGCAUUUGAGUCAGAAAUCUGUUUGCAUUAAACAGAUUUAAACUAAGCACUGUUCACCAUGUAGAUACAAGCCAACCAUGCUGGGACACGGGCCAAGAUGUUUGCAUGGUCCUUGUAGCAUUUCCUUUUUUUUUUUUUACUUGCCCCAAAUCUGAUCAAAGCUGGGAUCACAUGUUGCGUUUUACUCUCAUCAUAUUAUUUCUCUACCUGCCACUGGACACGGGCCAACUUCCAUCAAACUGUGAGCAUUGUUAAGAUGAUUAGGAUGAAAGAAGCUGAAUUUGUUCAGCAAGAAUAAAGUUGGAAGUAGCUUCCAAGUGUUCAAGGGAGGUGCCAUGGUUGUCUGCUUGUUUGUUGGGUUUCAUGUAUAAAGCGUAUUUUUUAAAGGGAGUAUAAAGAUAAGAGAUUUUAUAUUCACAAUAUAUUGAUGUCAAGGUUUAACUAUUAGUUGUGUUGCUGUUUACCAUUGUGAGUUAGCAUUGUGACAUGAAGAUAGUCGCUCAAUAAACGUUAUUUUAAUUUGUUAAUCAGAACAUUUAAUAGUACAGUAAUUACAAUAUGUACAUGAUAUAUAUAUCUAACUUUAAAGCCAAAAGACUUCUGUUGUUUUUAUUAGGAAAGAAUCAUUUCAUCCAUUGAUGUACAUUGCCUUGCCCAAUGACUUCACACACUUACUUCUUGCAACAAUCUGUAAGGUAAUUAUGGGAGUUAAAGUUGUAUUUUUUUGGCGUACCGGCUGUGGUGCGUUAUUCCAGAGGUUGGAAUCUGUACUGAACCUUCUCCAUCCAUUCACAACCUUUUGUAUUCUGUGUUUAUGACCCUGUCAUGGUUUCACUUUUCUUUGUUUUAUCAGUCAGCACAGAGCUACAUGUCUGCACAACAUCGUGCAGCCUACCUCAUAAAUACUCAUUUCUAAACGUUCUCUGUGUUUCUGUGUCCUCAGCAACAGCAAACCACAAUUUAUGGAUUAUUUUCAUUAUCGAACAAUCUUUUUCCGGUUUACUCAAUUAUUUGUUUGGUCUGUAAUCAUCAAAAAAUUGUGAAGAAAGCCCAUUAUGAUUCCUUUAGGACCCUCUGUGUUGAGAUGUUUUAGUCCAGACUAGAGUCCAGUUCCCAAACACAUUUGCUUUACUUUCAUAGACAACGUUACGAAGCAACACAUUUUCACAUUUGAGCAGUUUAAAUGAGUCAUUUUUGCAGAUUUUUUCUUUUGACAAUCACGUAUCAAUUAAUUCCUGUAAAUAUUGGCGCAUGAGAAGUGAUGCACAUAAAACAGAACAUUUAAAGAUGCUUUUAUCUCUAAGUAGUAACACAGCAAUUAUUUGGAUGCCAUCACAGAAACCAGUAAUUCAAAUAUAUGCGCUACAUUACUCACAUAUUUAUAAUUCACACUGAUUUAUGUGUCAUUUCUAUCUUUAGCACUCAUUUAUUACAUUUGUUAUGCUCACUCUCAAGAUAUAUUUGUGUGCAGCUUAUAUUUUUCUCAUUGAAAUCUUUGUUUUUACAAAAUCUCGUCCCUUUUUCGACAUUUGAAUUUUAUGGCCAUGGAUCUGUGGCCAAAUUAUUGCCUGAAAUGAAUUGCCAGUGUUAAACAGAUGCCUUUGACAAGGUUCAUGUGUAAUGUCUGAACGAAAUAAAGCAUGUUUAUUCACUAA